UAAAGAAAUUCUGAAAUUUUGUUAAAAAUAAUAGUGAUCAAUAAGACUGAUUGCCAUUUUAAACUUUUGUAGUAGCGCAACCAGUCCGCUAGAUGUCAGUAAUAUCACUUUAUACUUGGAUGGUUGCAGCUUCAAUGCGGUGAAAGAAGAACUAUAACGGCGCAAGUAGCAGACGCGCCCUCUGCUGGUCGCGGAGUGUAAUGACAUUUGAUCCGCUAUGUCUUUGAGGACUCUGCCUUUACUUAUUAUAAAUAUGGGUGGAGAAAUGCUUUAUAUUUUGGACCAGAGACUCCGACCUCAGAAUGAAACUGAUGAUAAAAUACAGAAAGGUUGGUCUGAGGCUGACAGAAAACGAGUGAUGUAUGAUAUAGUGGGUAAGAUGUUCAGUAAAUCAUUUAUGGAGGAGUUGAUGCAGCCACAGGACACAUACUCACACCAAGCUCUGCGCUACCUGCUAACACGCCUGGCUCAUACCUCCAUCAUGAGGCUCAACUCCACCAGCAUGGACAGGCUGUAUGACCUGAUGACGAUGGCGUUUAAGUACCAGAUUGCUCUUUGUCCUCGACCUCGAGACAUACUGCUCAUCUCCUUCAACCACAUGGACGGGGUUCGUGAGCUGGUUAAAGACAAUCCCCGCCUUAUUAACCUCAUCAACGAGGCACAGCGUCUCAUCGUAGAGAUGUUUACUUCUUUAUCAGACGGUGAGUUUCAGCUCAUGCGACAGACCCUCCUCGCUUUCUUUCAGGACGUGCACAUCAGGGUGUCGAUUUACAUGAAGGAGAACCUCCAGAACGCAGACGGGAGUUUUGUGAUGCCGACAUCGGGGCCUGUGCCUCACGGAAAUGAAGUUCCAGGAUUAAUCAGGUAUUUUAACAGCCGAGGUAGGGUGGUGGGGAGGCGUGAGUUUGUGAGCGGAGGAAGUUACACCGGCCCCAUGAGAGAACCUUCAUUCGACUUGUCUGGAGACCGAGUGACACUUCUGGGCACUAACAUGUACGGUGUGAGCUCAGCUGAGGACACACACACCUCACAAAGCUCAACACACACCUGUAAAAGCGAGCAGGUCACUGAUGAUCCUAACCCUUUGGCUAAAGUAGAGCUGAACCUUUUAGCCAAGCUGAUGGGUCAGAUAGAAGUUUGGGAUUCAGUCGCUGCUGAUGGAGGGAUGAGAGUCAAUUUAUUUCCUUCAGACCAGGAAGAAGACAGCACAGGAAGGUUAUCGGAGGCGGACAAGGCGUUCGCUGUGGUGAACAUCCAGGCGGUGAAGGCAGACACCGAGUUGACCCGUAUCGCCGCCGAGUUCACCAACCAAGACGAAGUUCAGAGACCCAGCGACAAAGGAGAAGAUCUUCUGGCCAUGAUGGACGAACUCUGAAGCCCAAAGACUAUCUUACACAAUCAACACAUCCAUUUCACGUGUGAUCUUCUAUUCUGAUGAAUGCGAUUAUGUGCAAUGUUAAAGGCAUUUCUAAUCUUGAGUAACGUGUAUUAAAUAAAACCAUCUGUGACAAUAACUGAGUCAUUUAUUUAAAAAAAUAAUAAUAAAUCUCACACGUGAAGUGUGAUGUUUCUGUUCAGAUUGAUUUCUUCUUAUAGGUAGAGAUGAUGCAUUAUCACACUUUCAUUGUUGAAUCUUUAAGGCUUUUCACACUGAGCUUAACCUUUAGUUAACUU